CAACCAUGGGGGCGCAUUUGGCCCGGCGAUACGUGGGCGAUAACUCAGGGGAGCCCGACCCCCUGCGGAUGCCCACCUUCCCACCGGACUACGGCUUCCCGGGGCGCAAGAAGCGCGAGAUGGUGGCCACACAGCAGCAGAUGAGCGACGCCCAGCUGGUGCUGCAGCAACGGGACUACUGCGCGCAUUACCUCAUCCGGCUGCUCAAGUGCAAACGAGACAGCUUCCCCAACAUCCUGGCCUGCAAGCACGAGCAGCACGACUGGGACUACUGCGAGCAUCUCGACUACGUGAACCGCAUGAAGGAGUAUGAGCGGGAGCGGCGGCUGCUCCAGCGGAAAAAGCGACGAGAAAAGAGGGAGGCUGACAUGGCCAGGGGUCAGGGGCCUGGUGAGGUGGCACCCGAGGUGGCCCUGUAGG